UUAUCCAAAAUGAAAUGGUGCUCCUACUCUUACUCAAAAAUAAAAAUAAGGAGGCGCUAUAGAAGGCCAGAAGGGUAAACAUUUAACAAAACCCUCGCCUAAGUCCUCCUUCGCCUUCGUUCCUCCGUCGCCGUCAGCCAUCAGAUGUAUAGAAACCAGGUGACGCGUCUGAGCAUCAUUAAUCUUAGAAUAGUGACCAAGGUAUGUAGGGCAUCAUCAAUUUCUUGGGAUUCUGCCAAGCCUUCUCGUACUUUCUUGAGUAAUCUCGGCACUGCGACUGAAAAAUCAGAUUUUUUUAUUGAUUCCGAUGGUUUUGGUCGGGAAAAUGAUGGGCAAACUCCCAGUAAUUGGAAUUUUCAGAAAACUCCAGAUAGAUUCCAUAAUGCAAAUGUGAAUGCUACUGGGCAAACUGGGACCUUUUCCUCUGGCUGUGUGGAAAAUGAAAACAGAGAUGAGUUUAAGCAGAGCCCAGUUGGGCAGAUGGAAUUAGCAUGCACUCAACAGCAGGAGCAGCGUUUCACUGUUCACGGGCACAAUGCAAAUGUGAACCUUAGGCCACAUCAAGGUGUAGGCAACUAUCACAUCGCGAGUCAUCCAACUUUUAAUAUAAAUCCGACUAGUGGUGUCUCUAACAGAUCAUCAGGGAUUGUUGUUGGCCACAAUGGAACUGUGAAUGAAGGGUUUGAGCAUAACUUGGGCUGUUAUUCUGAUGGAAAUGAUAGACCAUAUCACAGUGUUGGCAAUUAUCACUUUGCAGGUCAACCAAAUGUUCCUACACAUCAAACUAAUGAUGCCUUGAACAGGUCACACAGAGCAGGUACCCAUUUUGAUGGCUUGGACUGUCAGCCAAAUGUUCCAAUGCAUCAUACUAGUGCUGCUUUGAAUGGGUUACACAGGCCAGGUAACUGUUUUGCUGGAAAUAGUGAAAGAUACCAGCAAGAUGCAAGUGGGACUAACUAUCUCAAUGUUGGAAACACUGGGUGGAAUCCAAAUUACUUGCAAAAUGCUACAGGGGACCCCCAAAUUCAUAGAGAUGAAGAUGAUGGAAGCAUUAAGGGUACAAUUGAGGAACUUGAUCAUUUCUGCAAAGAGGGAAAGAUUGAGGAAGCCAUUAAGGUUCUGGGUUUGCUAGAGCAGCAUAGUGUUUCAGUUGAUUUAUCUCGAUACCUCUCUUUGAUGAUGUUGUGUGCUGAGAAUAAAGCUUUAGAAGAGGCAAAAUCAGUUCAUAUGCACCUAGCCAGAUCAGGAAUUAAUUUUGGAGUCAAAACUUACAAUAAAGUUAUCGAGCUGUAUGGUAAAUGUGGUUCCAUGGAUGAUGCAAUUGCAGUAUUUAGUCAAAUGCCGAGACGUAAUAUCACAUCCUGGGACCUAAUGAUCACUUGGUAUGGUAGAAAUGGACAAGGAGAAGAUGCUAUUGAAAUGUUUACCCAAUUUAAAGAAUCAGGUUUGAAACCUGAUGGUAAAAUCUUUUUGGGGGUCCUCUCUGCUUGCGGUGAAACUGGCGACAUCAUUGAGGGAAUGCUGCACUUUGAUGCGAUGAGCAAGGAUUACGGUAUCGUUCCUUCCAUGGACCAUUAUGUGAGUGCUGUGAAGAUGAUGGGAAGUGCAGGUUAUUUGGAUGAAGCUUUAGAAUUCAUCGAAAGGAUGCCAACUGAAGCAGACGUUGAGGUUUGGAAAACUUUGAUGAUAUUCUGUAGAAUUCACGGGUAUAGUGAGCUUGGUGAUCGUUGUACUGAGAUUGUAGAGAUCCUUGAUUCCUCUUGCUUGGAUAAGCAAUCAAAGGCAGGCCUAAUACCAAUUACAGCUUCAGACAUUGCAAAAGCAAAAAGAGUACAGAAAUCAGCAAGUCAAAGUCUUCUAGAAGCUCGAAGUAGGGUACAUGAGUAUAGAGCUGGUGAUAGAUCUUGCCCGGAUCAUGAAAAGUUGUAUGCUCUUUUGCGUGGGCUGAAGCAACAAAUGAAAGAGGCUGGUUAUAUAGCAGAGGUCAAGUUUGUGCUUCAUGACAUUGACCCAGAAGGCAAGGAGGAAGCUAUAAUGGCACAUAGUGAGAAGCUUGCUGUUGCUAGAGGUCUCAUCAGCAGUGCAGCUCGGACAUCCAUAAGGAUUAUAAAGAACCUCCGCAUUUGUGGUGAUUGCCAUAGUGCAAUGAAGAUUAUCUCUAAACUGGUCGGUAGGGAACUUGUUAUACGCGAUGCAAAGCGGUUUCAUCACUUUAGAGAUGGCUUGUGUUCUUGUAAUGAUUAUUGGUGAUAAUAUGAUUGACUUGAGAGUUGUGUUGCAAGGGAUUUCUUGGGCAUCCUUGGGGACAGGAGUCCCCUCAGGAAUGAUGAUUCUUCUUGGGUAGAUUUUGUUUGCUCCAAUUUGGUGAAGGUCGAGAUUAGACAUGGGGAGAAGGGAAGGGGCAUGAAGACUAAGAGCUUGGCUUAGUGAAAGGUGAUCGAUCGAGUUUGCUACCCAUGUACUCUGUUAGAAGCAUACGAAGUAUUAAUUGCCUGCUUUAUUUUUUUUAGCACUAUUAACUCUAUAACAAUGAAGUAUUUGUUCCAAUAUACUUUCUCAACCUACUGAAUAAUAAAGAGCAACUUCCCCU